AUGCAGAUUCUGCUAUUAGUCUUUAGUGGUGUUGCUUUCAUUGCUGGAUAUGCAACUUCUUCGUUCCGGACAAUGAUGUUUAUCUAUGCCGGAGUUGUGCUUCUUACAGCUCUGAUCACUGUCCCUAACUGGCCUUUCUUCAAUCAUCAUCCCUUCAAGUGGUUAGAUCCCAGCGAAGCCGAGAAGUAUCCGAAACCCGAACUGACGACCGUAACUUCGAAUAAGAAGAAAGAAUAA